GCCGGCCUUCAUAGGUGCUACUCGCUAAACAGCACUUGCUCCAAAAGUCUGUGAAGGCGAUACGGGGAUCUCUGCCUUUGCCCAUAUAUAUACAGUAUAUAGACGAAGAGUUAAUAAUGUAUAGAUUGUUUCUGCAACCAUGCCGACCGACCGACCGGCGCGAAUUAGUACAACGACGUGUUUUACUGUGCUGCAUGUAAGAAAAUUGGAAUGCGAUGACUGAUAAUAUUCCCAGUGCAAAAUCUGGCGCAGACUUCAUUGUAGGCGGGUUGAUUAUGUAAAGGAGGUAUAGCAGCGCCCGGGGUACUGGUUCAGAUAUCACUCGCCAUUGGUGCUGGCCGUGGCCCGGGGAUCGAACGAAGCGGCACCAGGUUCCAUGCAUCGUGCGCUCGCCGGCUCCGAGACACCGCGCUGCCACAGCGCUGAAGAAGCCGAGACGCCGACCCAGAGUCACCCGGGCAGCCCCGCCGGGUGUGGCAUCGCGCCUCUCACCCCGUCGAUGCCCGCGAAGCGCGGCGAAGAGCAGCCACCGGCUCGGGGCUUCUCGGUGGUGGUCGCCAUCGACUUCGGGACGACCUCGAGUGGCUACGCCUACAGCUUCACGAGCGAGCCGUCCGCCAUCCACAUGAUGAGGCGCUGGGAGGGUGGCGACCCGGGGGUCUCGAGCCAGAAGACGCCCACGGCGCUGCUGCUCACCCCGGACGGGCGCUUCCACAGCCUGGGCUUCUCCGCUCGCGACUUCUUCCACGACCUGGAGCCGAGCGAGGCGACGUCCUGGCUCUAUUUCGACAAGUUCAAGAUGAAGCUCCACGACAUGAACGUCAUCUCCUUAGACACCGAGCUGGAGGCAGCCAACGGGAAGAUGGUGAAAGCCCUGGAGGUGUUUGCCCAUGCGUUGCGCUUCUUCAAGGAGAGAGCCUUACAGGAACUCUCGGAUCAGACGGGCUUGCCGUACAACCCCGAUGAGAUCCGAUGGGUGAUCACGGUCCCCGCCAUCUGGAAGCAGCCGGCCAAGCAGUUCAUGAGGGAGGCGGCCUAUGCGGCAGGGAUCGCGACCCCACAGGCCCCUGAGGGCCUCCUCAUUGCCCUGGAGCCCGAGGCUGCGUCCAUCUAUUGCCGCAAGUUGCGCCUCAACCAACUCACGGAGCUCGCGGCUUCAACCCACGUCUCCAAUGGCCACGGCGACUCGGCCCCCCCAACAGGCUUCUCCAAUGGUUGGGACGUGCCGCGCCGCUCCCGACACAGCCAGAGGGCCACCUUCCUCGUGGAGACCAGCGUCGGGGAGCUGUGGUCAGAGCUGCAAGCUGGGGACAAGUACCUGGUGGCCGACUGUGGUGGCGGCACCGUGGACUUGACCGUGCACCAGAUCGAGCACCCACAGGGCACGCUCAAGGAGCUGCACAAGGCCUCGGGUGGGCCUUACGGCUCUCUGACCGUGGACCAGGCCUUCGAGCGGCUGCUGGGCCGGAUCUUCAGCGCCGAGUUCAUCGUGCAGUUCCGGCGGAACCGCCCGGCCGCCUGGGUGGACCUGACGAUCGCCUUCGAGUCGCGCAAGCGCACGGCGGCGCCGGGCCGGGCGGGCCCGCUCAACAUCUCGUUGCCCUUCUCCUUCGUGGACUACUACAAGAAGGUGCGCGGCCACAGCGUGGAGACCGCCCUUCGCAAGAGCGGGGUUGAGUUCGUGAAGUGGUCGUCCCAGGGCAUGCUGAGAUUAAGUGCCGAGGCCAUGAACGACCUCUUCCAGCCGACCAUCCAGAAGAUCGUGCAGUGCAUAGGUGACGUGCUCUCCAGGCCGGGCGUCGAGGGCGUGAAGCUCCUGUUCCUGGUGGGCGGCUUCGCCGAGUCGCGCCUGCUCCAGCGCGCCGUGCAGGAGGCGUUCGCGCCGGAGUGCCGCGUGAUCGUGCCGCACGGAGUGGGCCUCGCCAUUCUCAAGGGCGCCGUGCUCUUCGGCCUCGACCCCACGGUGGUGCGGGUUCGACGCUCGGCCGUGGCGUACGGGGUCGGCGUUCUCAACCGGUUUGUCGAGAGCAAGCACCCCGAGGAGAAGCUGCUGGUGAAGGACGGCGCCCGCUGGUGCACCGACGUGUUCGACCGCUUCGUGAGCGCCGAUCAGUCGGUGUCGCUGGGCGAGACGGUGACGCGCAGCUACACGCCGGCGCGCCUCGCACAGACCAAGAUCAUCAUCAACGUCUACUGCUCGUCCAAUGACGAGGCGCGGUUCAUCACGGACGAGGGGGUGCACAAGUGCGGCACGCUGUGCCUCGACCUGGGCGCGGAGAGCGGCACGACGCCGGGCCAGGCCGCCCCCGGCCGCCGCCGAGAGAUCCGGACCCACAUGCGGUUCGGGGACACCGAGGUGCGCGUCACCGCCGUGGACAUGCGCAGCGCCAAGAGCGUCAAGUCCAGCGUCGACUUCCUCAGCGUCUGAGGGCAGCAGCUCCCCCUCCCCCACCACCACCACCAACGCGUUUGGGGCCGAGGCGAGGCCCAAACGGGGGGGGAGGUCGUGGGCCGUGGAUGCGCGGCACGCGGUUUCAAGGAAGACGGUGACCCAAACAAGGCGCGGGGGGGGGGACGUGGGGGGGAGAAUCGCGCACGCACGCACGGAUUGUGUCGCGGCUCUCCGGCACGCGCGCGUGUGAUGUCGUAGGAGGUGUUUCGUUAGCAGCGUAGAAGCCGACGGGAAGCUUAGCCGUCAGGGCAAAAUGCGAGUGUGUAUUUGCAGAAAGUCGGGGGUUUUUUUUCUUCUUCCACGGAUUGCGUCUUCAAGCUUUGGGGCAACCGUAGGAUUAAUUUGGCUGGUUUUCGAUAGGGUAAAUGCCUAAUAGCAACGUAAGUUUAUACUACGGUUUUGUUUAUACUGGAUCGUCUUUAUGAGAGUUAUCGUGUCCCCCUGUUGCGGAUGAAUGGACAGGUAGAUUGAACGCAUAAACACUUUCAAGGGUAGUUGGAAAGCGUUAAAAAGAAGAUAUUGUUUCUCAACUUGUAGAUACAUAGGCUGUGUGAUCUCAGGCUGUCUCACAUGAGCCUGCAGCUCUGGUAGUGAAUACAAUACUUUUACAAUACAAUACUUUACUUUUAAUACUUUUAAGUAUUUCAUUUGUUUUUAGGGAAGUGGCAUCAUUAGAAUGCCAUAGUAGCGAGCUUGACAGUACAUUUAAAAUAUUCUUAUAAACUACGUUUCUCUUAAAGCUAUUUGUUGAGUAUGUGUUGUGUCUUCUUUAAACGCAAGUGCUGUAUGUAUCAAGGGCUUUUUCAUUUAACAGUAUACAAAAAAUAUAUAUAUCAAGUAACACACUGGUAUAAAACAGCCAUGAUCAGA